CCCGAAAAAGGAGAGAGGGAUGAAAGCAUGACAAAGAGAGGGGUGGAGUCACUAAACAGCACAUCGGGAGUCCAGCUGAUUUACAUGAAGUUCACCAGUUCUGCAGCUUCUAUGUGACUUACAUUACAACUCUUUAUUGUUCUUUCAGAGUCCUGUUUCUAUUUGAAUACCUCAUUCAGAAUGGCCGGUCCAGUUCCAGCUCUGCCAAGCUCUUUUAAUCCCAGUGCAGACAGCGUUUACUCAGAUCAGUUCGGCUUUUAUACUAUGGACUAUAAAGUUCCUGGCCUGUCCAAAGUCAUCUUAGACAAACUGAACAUGAAGGACUACAAAGAAUACAGGGAAGCGCUGGAGGGCAAAGGCAAGGUGGGAUUUCGCUCUCACAAAGAAAUGUUUCUAAAACUAGAAGAAACCUUUAAAUUCUGUGCCAGAUGCUCCAAACUACCAUCCAACUUUGCAGAUCCUAAAGCACUCAAACGCUGCAUAAAGUGUCUGAAUGUGUAUUACUGCAGUAAAGAGUGUCAGAAGACGGACUGGUCUUUGCAUAAGAAGUUCUGCAAGAUGCUCCAUAAGGUCUCCAUUGACAGGCUGGUGGAGUGGCUCAUCCAUACAGGAGAUCUUCCUUUCCCUACGGAGGCAUGGUCUCAUCCUGCUAAAGAGGUCAGGUGCUGGAAUGAUUGGUUGUCAAUGCAGGGAGAUCUGACGCCCCGUCUGGAGCCCAUCCUAUCAGGACAGAACAUGACAGACCUCUGGACUAAUAGCUGCAGGCCACGGCCAGAGGAGGCGGAGCUUCAAAAAUCUGUGUGGCGGGUUUGCAGUGAGUUUUUCUCCAGGUCUCUCACUAUAGGUCUGGGGAUCCAAAUGUCCCGUCUGGACCCAUAUUCACGGCCUCUGACUGUACAUUUAGUGGGCGCCGGUCACAAUGAGACGCUGGGAGCCCGAACCACAGAUCUGGAUGAGCUCAGCCACAUGUUCCCCGGGCACCAGGGGCUAGAGGUGGUGAUGGUGGGGCCUGAGGUGGUCCAGGGGCCCAUCAUGAGGCCUCCGCUGAGAGCGUUCGGACCCCGGGGACGAGUCUACAUCAGCGCCUAUAAGGGCCUCUACCAUGAGUUCUGGGAGGAGAAAGUGGAGAAAGGAGAAGCUGCUAAACCUGAUCUGGUUGUGGGAUUUCAUCCAGGGUUUCAUGCAUCUCAGGGUCUGGGUGAAGGCUGGCUGCCCACCUUACUGCUGCUCAGAGACUUCAACAUCCCAGCGCUCUUCACUGUCUUCAACGAUGAAGAGCUGCAGUAUUCUCUUCAGAUCCUCCUGGAGCUGGAGAUGGACAUUAAAGACUCCGGGCCGAAUCCGUUCAGCUCCCAGAAGCCUGAGCAGGUCCAGUCCAGCCCCAACCACAGCCCCAGCCACUGCAGCGCCUUCUACAUUUACUUCCAGGGUCUGCGGGAGACUCAGACGGAGCAAGAGGACACGCACACACACUCAUGAUUUCACCAUGAACUCACUGCAGCCAAAGUAAAUGCCUAAUAUUCCCCAAAGGCUGUAAUAUAAUAUAAUAUAAUAUAAUAUAAUAUAAUAUAAUAUAAUAUAAUAUAAUAUAAUAUAAUAUAAUAUAAUAUAAUAUAAUAUAAUAUAAAAUAAUAUAAUAUAAUAUAAUAUAAUAUAAUAUAAUAUAAUAUAAUAUAAUAUAAUAUAAUAUAAUAUAAUAUAAUAUAAUACAAUACAAUACAAUACAAUACAAAACAAUAUAAUAUAAUAUAAUAUAAUAUAAUGUGGGGCAACGCAGUGGCGCAGUAGGUAGUGCUGUCGCCUCACAGCAAGAAGGUCACUGGUUCGAGCCUCGGCUGGGUCAGUUGGCGUUUCUGUGUGGAGUUUGCAUGUUCUCCCUGCAUUUGCAUGGAUUUCCUCCAGGUGCUCUGGUUUCCCCCACAGUCCAAACCAAUGUGGUACAGAUGAAUUGGGUAAGCUAAAUUGUCCGGAGUGUGUGUGUGUGAAUGUUUUCCAGAGAUGGGUUGUGGCUGGAGGGGCAUCAACUUUGUAAAAACGUGCUGGAUAAAUUGGCGGUUCAUUCCGCUGUGGCAACCCUGGAUUAAUAAAGGGACUAAACCGAAAAGAAAAUGAAUAAUAUAAUAUAAUAUAAUAUAAUAUAAUAUAAUAUAAUAUAAUAUAAUAUAAUAUAAUAAUAUACCAAAACACAGCUUAAUGCACCUUUUAUGUUUUUGUUGUUGGGCUUUUUUGUUUUUUUAGUUUGCCAUAUUUUUUCCAAGUGUGCCAAGUGUAUUUUUAUGCAAGCACAAUUAAGUAAGCAAUGAUCGCCCCCUAGUGCUGAAGUUAGUUUUUCUAUUUUUAUAUAUGUUGGUACACUCACCGGCCACUUUAUUAGGCAGACCUUACUAGUACCUGGUUGGACCCCUUUUGCCUUAACUGCCUUAAUCCUUCAUGGCAUAAAUUCAACAAGGUACUGGAAAUAUUCCUCAGAGAUUUUGCUCCAUAUUGACAUGAUAGCAUCACGCAGUUGCUGCAGAUUUGUCAGCUGCAGGAGCUGCAGCAGAAAUGGAGACUCAUCAGACCAAGCAACAUUUUUCCAAUCUUCUAUUGUCCAGUUUUGGUGAGCCUCUAUGAAUUGUAGCCUCAGUUUCCUGUUCUUAGGUGACAGGAGUGGUACCCGGUGUGGUCUUCUGCCACUGUAGCCCAUCCGCCUCAAGGUUGGACGUGUUGUGUGUUCAGAGAUGCUCUUCUGCAGGUUGUAACGAGUGCUUAUUUGAGUUACUGUUGCCUUUCUAUCAGCUGGAACCAGUCUGGCCAUUCUCCUCUGACCUCUGGCAUCAACAAGGCAUUUGCGCCCACAGAACUGCCGCUCACUGGAUAUUUUCUCUUUUUCAGACCAUUCACUUGAAAACCCCAGUAGAUCAGCAUGGCACCAACAACCAUGCCACUUUCAAAGUCACUUGAAUCACCUUUCUUCUGCAUUCUGAGAUCGUCUUGUCCAUGUCUACAUGCCUAAAUGCAUUGAGUUGCUGCCAUGUGAUUGGCUGAUUAGAAAUUUACGUUAACAAGCAGUCGGACAGGUGUACCUAAUAAAGUGGCCGGUGAGUGUACUGUAUAUAUACAGCUUUUACAUUAGACUAUCUUAUGUACCAGGGGUCACCAACCCUGUUCCUGGUGAGCUACCUUCCUGCAGGAUUCAGCUCCAACCCUGAUCAAACCCACCUGAACCAAUUAGGACCUGAAGCAGCACUUUUAUAAUGUAACUGAUAAUUACAGACAGGUGUGUUUGGUCAGGGUUGCUACUGAAAUCUAGCUCACCAGGAACAGGGUUGGUGAGCACUGCUAUAUACACUGUUAUACUAUACUAUAUAUAUAUCAUACAUAUUAUACUGUAUGUACACACUAUACUAUAUAUAUUAUGCUAUAUACUAUAUAAUAUAAUAUAAAUAAUCAUUUGUAAUUUAUCCUUAGAACUGAAUGUAUAUUCUGAUUUCUGAGUCAGAAUUUAUGUCAAAGUGUAUUGUAAUUUGUUUACAAUUAGUUUUUAUGUGAAUAUUAUUAAUCUGAUAUGGAAGAAGCUUUAUGGAGUUUAUUAAUAAAUUC